CCUCGCCUCGCCCGCCCUUGACCUCUUCACUUGUCGUCUCACACUCUAGUGUCCCUUAGAUCACAAGGAAUCUCGCUGGCAGACCAAAUCCGGCUUAGCAACCGUUCACGCUGGAUUUUUAUCGAGCAUUUGAGGUUUUCUUUGAAGGUUUUUUGAUGCAGUGUCGUGGUUGUUGUUGUUGUUGUUGUUGGAUUGGAUGAGAUUGAGAGAGCGCGUGCGAGAGAGGGAGAGAGUGUGUGAGGAAGGGAGAGGGAGAGGGGGAGGGAGUGAGAGGGAGAGAGAGAGAUAAGGGAUUCAAAUCAGUGUGGGAGUUGGUAGGCUGAUCUGAUGAGACCCAAUUGGAGGUCAGACGCUGUGUUUCUCGAGGACACGUUCGUUUGGAGCAUUGCUAACCCGGGGUAGAUUUGUUGCUGGCAGCGGUGGGCAUGUGGGUGGCGACGGGUGGGUCGGGGAUGAUGUGCCGAGGGUUGGGAAGUAUGAGGAAUUUGGCUCUUGGGUGUUGGAUUUUUCUCGUGGAGGUGGCGCGGGAUGGGACGACUUGAACGGGGGAGGUGUUUAGUGAGUUUGGGUUUCGAUUGGGGGAGUCGCGGGGGGUGGUGGGUUGGUUUGAGCGGCGUUGGAUUAGUACAGUGGAAGGAUAGUUAGAGUGAUAAGAGGUGAUGGCUACUCUUUUGAUGCGUUCGUCGGAGGUGGCCGCCGUUGAGAAGUUGACAAUGGCAAGUAGAGAGCAGGUGCGGCUGCAACAGGAGAAGGUGCCUGGUCACUUUGAGCAAGAGGGACCGCAUAAGGUGUCAUCCGAGGGGCGCAGUAGGGGAAGAAAGGUUAAGAAUGCACAGAAAAAGCCGCCGCAGAGGGGGUUGGGUGUCGCGCAGCUGGAGAGGCUCAGGUUGCAGGAACAGAGUAAGCAAGAAGCAGCGUGUCUUGCAUCAAUUCAAGUACUGCCGUCCUUCAGCUUCACUGAUCAUAAUGGAGGUAUCUGCGUUCUUCCCUUGAAAAGUGGCACUGUAUCGCACCAGCAGCCAGGUCUCAGCAGUGCCCUCUCCUUUAACAAUGGCCGAACUGGACCCUCCGAAAAGUUGCAUUAUCUCGCCGAAGACGGCCAUCAGCUCGGCAAAGUCGCCGUUGAUGGAGAGGGGUUUCAGUCUAUUAUGUCGUUUGCUAAUAGUGACCACUCGACCGCGGGAACAUUUGCUCGCCAUGCCCAAGGUGGUCAGUCUAUAGCCCUCAUAUUCUCUCGGAAUCGGGAAAUCAGGGAGCAUUCAUAUGGGUGCAAUUCUAUGCGAACCGUUCCUAGCCUAUCCUCCUUAUCCUCUUUGUCUGAGAGACCGGGAAGUAGAGGUCUAGGAUCUUGUGGCACCAGUGCUUAUGCGGAGGGUUCGUCUGGCAAGUUUCCUCCAUGCGUCCAGGGUUGUCAUGGUUCCCCUCCGAGUUCUACAGCCAAGUCCUCCUUACUUUCCAAUGCACUUACGACAGGGGUCAACCUAGUUGAUAGUCUCGCAUCAAAUGCGGAGCAGGGGAAACAGCGUCUAUCAGAGAUGGACAGGGAGUCCGUCUACAUGUUCCAAGUCACCAGCAAUGGUGUUGGCGAUGCUGGGAUGGUUGAUGCUAAGCUCUUUCCAGCAGUUGGAAAGAAUGGUGCAGUGUCGCUCUUUACUUCGAACAAUCUACAGUGUUUUGAAUCCUCUUCAGGUCCUGCCAAAUUACGCCGCCUUCCACAGGAUCGUGCUGAAGUACCAGUGGCUGGCGUGGUUACAAAUUGUGGCCGACCGAAGGAGCUCUCUUCUUUCCAAAGCUUUUCAAGCAAUAAUACAUGGUCUGCUUCCGAGAAGAUAUGUGGGCAAAAGCGACCAUGGUACGAUCUCAAUGAGAACACCAGCAAAUCGAUGCACUCUGAGGGUCUGGAUCUGAAUGCGCCCGUCGGAAAAGUUGAGGCUGUUCAGAGUGGUUGUUAUGCCAGUCUGUCCCAAGGUCACGAGAGUACAGCGGGAAUACACCACACAGCUGGAAUUACUGGGAGUGGCCUUGAUAACACCUUACCUCUUCUGAAGGAUAAAGCGUGUGCAGCUCUGCAAGAAAAUGAAGCCCAAAACUUAAGUACAACUACGGAUGUAGACUAUCAUUCCGUAGAAUCUUUCCUGAAAGUCAGCUGCCCAACUAAAUCCAAGAUCAAGGAUUGCUGCUCGAGUGUGUGUUCUCCGUGUGAGUCGCCUAUUACCAGACAGAGAUGCCUGUCAAGUUCUGAAGUUCCAAUGCUGAUGGAAGCCGAUCAUGAGACAUCUGGUGACUUUCUUACUCUGGGGAUUUCCACGCGCUCAUACCCCAUCAGUCCGCAACUUGGAGUUGAAGUGAACAGUAAAGAAUCUAUGAAUCAUGAAGAUAGUCAUCAAGUGAAGCGGAUAAAGAACUUUCAAGAUGAUGCUCUUCAGCUUCAGAUGUUCAAUCAUCGCGAGGAGAGUGCUCCCUCUGUCACAGACGGCAUCCAUUCCCCUUGCACAGACACCAGUUUCUUCAGUGCUGUGGGCCUCAGCUGCAGGUUCACCUCCACCUCAUCAAGCAAUGUGUCAGAAGUCUGCCUCAAGCUAACCGGGAGGGAAGAGAAGCGAGACUUCUUGGAUCUAAAUCUGAAGCUGGCACUGUAGUUCUGUUCUUUUCUUUCCUUUUUUUCUUUUUUCUUUUGAAGCUGAAUGGUGCGAAGCAAAGUAAAGGACACGUUAUAAUAGUUCUCUUCUGGUAUAGAAGACACCUCUUGAGCUAAUUAGGGCUUUUGUAAGUUGUAAAUUAGAAGACAACCAGGCAUCUCACCAGAAGCAAUUUGCAGAAUAGGGAUGUGGACUAUACUGCUGCUACAUUUUGUACAGGGGGGUGGGGGUAUGAAAAUAUUCUUUGUUGUAUCAUAGUGCGAACAAAUAUCAUACCACUCAUUGCAUCAAUAUGCAAAUGAAAUCCUUUAUCACUCUAGUUAAACUUU